CGCUGCAUUGCGCCGCACGACGGGGUGCCUCUUGCCGUUUUCCCAGAUAGUGCAGUAGCCGCGGCUGCCGAAUACUAGUGCGCGCGCGAGUGCUCCUAACACGACUGUUUUGCUCUGUCAAUCGCUGCAACAGGAAGAGACAGCGGAAGCGUUACGCACGGACCUUGAAACCGACCUCACAGCACGACGCCAGCGCUACUGAGCGCGGACACCAAAUGUGCCGGUAACCUCACAACAGUGCGAAGUGGGGUUAAAACCAGCCAGUAAUAUCGCUGGGAUCAGCAAUGUCUUGACGCGACACGCGUGCGCCGACGUGCAUUCAUGUGUGCCCGGCUAGGUCCUCUCCUGCCCUGCCUUUCUGCGUGUGCAUCUGGUGGUGCGAAGGAUUUCUCAACGAACGACCAGCCUCUUCGCAGACUGAUCCCACCACACUGUCAUUGCAGGAACCGAUCGCCUACUGCACAUAAUUGGAGCACGUUCAACGCCUCACCACGGGAGGACAGUGCUGCCCAGCCUUCCUGUUUUUCGACGGACUCUGACGAGGAAAAAUAAGCGAGAAGCCCAUAUUACGGUCAGGAGCUCAGACAUGGUGCGAUCUUGCCUGUGCCGCGGCGUUUUUGCGGCCAUCGUGAUGCCAGCGGCGUUGACAGUGGCACUGGUGACCCGUUGCGCGCGCGCCAUCGACAUUCGGCCCGUGCUGGAGGAAGACACGGCGUCACUCCUGGGAAACCGCACGUUCACCCAUCGUUAUCUGGUGCCUUCCGGCGAUGGAACCAACGGAGGCGGCAACAUCUCCCACGACGAGGCCAGCGUGCUGGAGCUGUGGCAGACUUACGACAAAGGUCUGCGUGGACAGGUGGACAACUUGCUCCGGCAAGCGUUGCCGUACUUGCUCGAAAUUGGCGACGUCGGCAUUGACAUCCGAUGCGCCCAGUCGCUGCUUAAGAUCGUUUUCGGGCUGCGCAAGCUCGAGAAGUGGGCGUUCAAACAAAAAAAUGACCUGUCCACUACCGCGAUGGCGAAGAAAUUGCUGGACUCCAUCGGGCGUCCCCCGUCUGGCAUCCUGGACGUGACCAUGUCGGACUAUGGCGACUACGACCAGUGCCUCGAGGUGGUGUCGCUGACGCGCUCCGGUGACGAGGACUUCCGCGGACAGCACUGCAACAUCCAGGUCGAGCACCCGCACAUACCCGCCCUCACGAAGCACGCCAUCGCACGCCUGCCGCAGAUACUCAAGGAGGACUCGGUCUACAAAGACGUGCUGCUUACGUACACCAGGUUGCAGACAUCCAUCGCAGUACGCGUGGGCAUCUGCGUCCCAUCUACGUGCAGCAAGGACGACGUCUUCAAAAUGCUUAAUCCAGCGGUGGCCAACCUCAAGCUUGGCGUCAGCGUCGCAGAGUGCGAAACAAAGGGCAUCAUCACUCUCACGGAGGAACAGUUGGUAGCCAUAUGCAUGUUCGGCCUCUUGGGGACCGUCCUUCUCCUUGGAACGUUGCUCGAGAUUGUUCUCAACAUCAUCGAGAGGCCAAGUUUCUGCGAAUCAUUCAGAAAAAAAGCGGACAAGAGCGUGCUGGCUACAUUCGGCGUCUUCCGCAACCUGAAGCAACUCCUGACGACAGAGGACGUGCCCUCAGCUAUGCAGUGCCUACACGGCAUCCGUGUCAUCACCAUGUUUUGGGUUGUGCUGUCGCAGACUUACCUCAACGUUGAAUUCCAAGCAGUGCGAGGCCUCAAAUUUCUCAUACCUGCUGUGGAGUCACUUUUCUUCCAAGUCAUCGUCAAUGGCCUUCUAGCCGUGGACACUUUUUUCUUUCUUAGUGGCCUCCUCUUAGCAAUGAAUGUGAUAAGGAGUCUUGACAAGAAAAAUGUGAAGAAGCAGACUUUGGGCAUUUUCCUCUACAGGUACUUGAGACUGACCCCUGGCUGCAUGAUGCUGUUGUGCUUCUUCACUCUGGUGCCUCUGCUUGGUUCUGGUCCAAUCUGGAAGGAGAAGAUCUUGCCUGAAGUAGAUGCCUGUCGCCGCAACUGGUGGGCUGUGCUGCUCAACGUGAACAACUUUGUCCACUCUGAGCGCAUGUGUCUGCCAAGUUUGUGGUACAUCAGUGCAGACUGGCAGCUCCAUUGUGCUCUCUUCUUGAUCGUCUUUCUUUUGAUGAGAAAACCAGCAUUCGGUGGCAUGGCUGCAUUCGCUGCCAUAAUCAUCUUCGGUGUCAUCAUAGGAGUGCAAACAACCUUGUCUGGUUACCCACCAACAAUGCUGCCUUUGUAUGCUGAGCGAAGCCGUGUAAUGGCUAUGGUGCAGGACGUGGUAAUGCGACCCUACACUCACGCAGGACCCUUCACAGUUGGAAUGUGCACAGCCUUCUUGAUCUUCAAAUAUCCUACGACCAGGAUUACAAAGGUAGUGCAAGUGGCACUGUGGCUCUCGUCGACACUGUGCAUGGUUCUCUCACUAUUCACCACGUGGAAGUGGAACCGUAAUGUAGAGGCCACAGACCUGGAGACCCUCAUCUACUCAUCAUUGCAUCGCACCGGCUGGGCACUGGGCCUGGCUUGGACCGUGUAUGCCUGCCUCACUGACAGAUGCACGCUGGUGAAUCGGGUGCUUUCAUGGAAGGCGUGGCUCCCACUGAGCCGGCUCACAUAUGGUGUGUACCUGGCACAUCCAGUGGUAAUGGACUUCCAAAUGUGGACCAUUCGCGAAAGGAUAUUUGGAAGCCACUUGUCCAUGCUCUAUCUCUUUUCGGGCAACCUGGCCAUCAGCAUGGGCAUGGCUGUCAUUUUCUAUCUUGCCUUUGAGGCACCCUUUCGGAGACUGGGCAAAGACUUCAUCGAAAAGUUGCUUGGGUGCAACCUCAGAGCAGCGGUGCCUACUGCCAUGCUACCACAUGUGAACGACAGCCAUUGUAGCAACAGUAGCAACAACACCAUCAAGAAGGGCGAAUCAUGUCGAAACACGGUAACGGCAAACAGCACCCUGGACAUGCCCGUGAGAAAUGGUGAUGUACCCCAGGAAAAAAUUGGAGACGCAUCUGUGCACCUCUGAAGUGUCUCGCUAUCCUGCCAAGGUGUGGAAAUCAAGUCUGUGAAUUGUGAUCUCCAAGUGAACUCUGGCUGCAUGUGUGUGUGCUGGGGACGGUUACAAACUUGUCACAUCUGCAACUUCCUGCCAGUAGGAGGAAACAAAGGUUUAUAGCAAUAAGACAUCUGUGAAUUCUUAGGCACAAAUGCUCAUAUUUGUUAGUUCAAGAAAUGCGAUGUUGCACAGGCCUAAGGUUGCUGAACAGCCAUCCAAGGAUCUAGAAGCUGAGGGACAACGUAGCUAUGGAGACCAGUACUGCAACAAACAAAAUGGCAAGCCGCCUGUCUGCAGUCCUACGGAUAACUUCUGCCUAAAUAUACUAUGCUUGUGAAUACUUGAAGAAGUACACCGCCUUCAACAAGUCCAGGCACCUGGUGACUGCUCUACAAGUGAUUGAACCCCCCAUGCUCUGGAGACCCUUUUCAGUUCCGGGUUGCAAACAUGAAGCUAACUAGCAGCACAACUUCAAUGUUCAGAGCAAUGCAUUUUUGUAGGUGGCAGCAGGACUAGUGGUCAUUUCCUUCGUCAUAGAUUCAUUGCUACCAAUUUUUUAUUGAUUUAUGUCACGUGGCUGGCAAACCGCCAAAUGCACCUAAUUGCUCAUUCCAUCACAAGCUAGAGUCUGUAUUUCCAGUCAGCUCAAUGAAAGUAGUGCCUGCCCCUGAAGCACGAAAGAACAUCACCCAACCCAUCAGCAAAAGUUUGGGCAUCACAGUUGGCUGUUCUAUAGACAGACAUUGGGCACCUAGAUCUCAGAUGCACAAUCAUGCACGCUUCAUUUUGAGUAUAGCAGCAGACCAAUUUUUGCCCCUCUGCUGUGUACACAUAUUGCCCACUCCAAAUGUGCGGAGAGAACAUACUGCAUUGCAGAGUGUGCGCUUUAAUAUAUGUGCCAUGAACAGGUGUAUGUGUGAAUACUUUCAGCAGCUAGUGUAAGCAUAGUUACACAAUCUACGGUACUUUUCUUUUUUUUUUCUACCAGAACAACAGCAGAUACUGGGUAUGUACAGAGUACUUGAUCCCUUAAAUUCCUACAGUCUCAACUUGUGAUGUAGAAACUUCACAUAUACUAUACACAACUGUAUUGUUAUAUAGUAAAAGGUAAGAAACACUUCA